UUCUAAUUAAAAUUCGUUUCCUUAGUUUCAGCUCCCCAUCCGCUGCUCCCUCGAAAGUGGCAAAUGCAUUUUAUAUUGGAAUUGGUUUUGCUGCCAACAUUGGUGGCAUGCUAACGCCUUGGUCUUCCGAAGCUGGAUAUGAGUUCCUAAAAAUAUAUAAGAGCAAUCUUCAGAUCGGCACUUUCAUCACAUCCGCCGCCACGUCCAUACUACUGCUAACUUUCACAAUGGUUUACCUUCAAAUAGCAUUUCUGCUUCUAUGGCGUUCCAAGCGUAAAAAGCAAAUAACCUUUGAUGCGGCUGCCCUUACGCCAACUUUGGAUGUCCUAAUUCAAGGUGAAAGGGAAAAUGGAGUGGCGGACAUAAUAAUCACCGGUCUUCUGAUGAUUGUGUAUGUUUUUGUUUUGAUUGGCGCUAGAGUUGUGGAAGAAAUGCAAUAUUUGAAUGACACAGUUCUCAUCAAAUAUUCCACACUUGUUAUGCUAAUCUGCCUUGUAGCUUUUGUUUGUCCCAAUAAUUGUUCUCAUUUGAAUUACUUUUUAUGUCGUGAACCCAAUAGCUACAAAAUGUCGCCGAGCAUAUUACCCUGGUCAGCAAUACCAAAACUAAUGCCCUGGAAUUAUUUCCUUGUAUAUGGCAGCAGCUUGGCCUAUGGCAUGGCUCUGGAGAAAUCUGGCCUACCAACAUAUCUGAUGGAACAUUUGGAAGGGGUUACAAAUAACAUGACCCUAAAGCUAAUGGGUUUUAUGGUAAUUGCGAUUCUGUUGACACUUCUUGGGGCCAAUCAUUUGGUGGCAAGGGUCCUUAUGAUGGAGGCUGUCAAAUGGGCCACUUUGGAUAAUGAGCAGCCUUUAUUCGUUGCACUAGCCUUGUGCCUUACUUCCACUGUGGCAUUCUUGCUGCCGGUUAGCAGUGUUUCGAAUUGUUUUACUGCCGGUUGGGGUAAUUUGAAGUCCAAGGACAUGAUAAUUGCCGGUGUUGGACCAACUUUGUUCGGUUACUUUUUGAUUUUGGGUGUUAUUGAACUGCAGAGAUAUUUUCCAUUAUUUUAAAACACAAUUUUUCCUUUUAUGAAUUUCUAUGAAUAAAAAUACUAAUUAUUUGAAAAU